ACACUCACAGGCGCUCGUGCGCAGGAGCGGACUGGAACUUUCUAACGUCCUUGUUUUAAAAAAUAAAAAAGCGGCUUUAACAGGAUAUUUUCCACCUUUUUUAUCCGCCUGUGAAGCCGAAACGAGUCCGAGAGGUUUUAUCCGACAUCAGUGAGAAGAUGACGGAGGAAAUUUGGCGAUAAAAAAAGGAAAUUAUCAUUUGUGUGUUCAAAGUGACGGACAGAAGGACGCUAACAUCGAGAAACAAUGAGAGAGACUGUUCUCCUUCCUACUAUGGACCAGUGCCCAUCAAAGGACGUUCUGCUACGAUUCAGGAUUCCUUGUCGCAGAUCUUUUGGACCUUAACAAAGAGAACCAUCAUCAGUGUUGAAACAGAGGAGCUGGACUCUUUCUGGAAAAAUCUUUGUAGUUUAAUCUGACACACGGGCAGAGUCUGAAGUUUUCCAUUAACAGCACCUGACAAGAUCACGAUGCCAGACAAGUCUGAAGAUUUUCAGGACAAGAAGAGGCCCGGAGGAGAAGCAUCGCAGGUGUCCUUAGUGCCGGACAUCGUCAUCAUCUCCAGCGAUGGGGAGGGCCAAAACGGUGGAGGUAACAUCCUGGAGCUUGAUGACUUGAAUCACGCACCAGACAAGUUAAAACAUUCUGCACAAAGCGGCAGCAUUGACAUUUUACUAGGUAAUGACACCACAGGUGUUACCGCUGGGGACCAAUCAGGACGCGGCGUUUCCCAGCUUCCUGUAGAGGUGGGCGUGGCAAAAACAGCACAGGCCCCUGAACCUCUGAAGACCAAUCCUUUGUUGAGAGGAACAGGCGAGACCCCUCAGAGCACGGAUGCUCCGGUCAACUCAUCCAGCGACUCGGACUACAGCAGCACAAAGUCCAGCCCUGGCUACAUGUGCACCAGCUUCAGCACUGAUCUCUGUGGAGAGGAUUUAUCUGAGCUCGACGGAAGCUCGUUUGAAAAGACAGAUUCUAUCUCUGCUGUCAAUCUGUCUGAAUCCAGCUUGAACACUUCUUACUCUGACAAAACCAGUAAAAACAGUCCAGACGAUCACAGGGACGACUCCGACAGAGACCUGACGGAUAAAUCGAAACCAGAGACCUCUCUCAGCGACACUUCGGCUGUAUUCCCCGAUGUCUCACCCCAUGUCAACCAAACCAGAGACAGCAUCGACAUCAGGUGGGACAAGGAUGACGGGGACGAUGACAGGCGAAGCACUCGGUCCAGGCGGAGCGUGAAGGAGGGGGUGUGCUGCUGCUACCAGGCCUUCCACAGAGCUUUCCUGCGGUGUGUGGAGGAGACUCCGGCCAUGCUGCCCGGACUGGUGCUGUCUUUGCUCUUCUGUGUGGCCAUCAUCGUCCUCAUUCCCACCACGAGAACGGACAUUGAAUUCCAUGUGGGUGCGCUGUCGGUGGUUUGCGUGGUUCUUUGUCUGAGCGCUGUCCUGCUCGUCUGCCUGCCCUGGCUGGCCACGGUGAGGCGCUGUGGAGGAGCUCUGGCCCUCUUCGUCUGGGGGACGCUGUACAUCACUGCCAUAGUCUUCAUCUUCACAGAACGGCCUGUGACAACAUGGGAACAGGUGGCAUUUUUCCUCUUCCUCUCGCUAAGUGUCUACACGGUGCUGCCUCUCUCUCUGGCCUGGGCCCUCAUGGUCGGCAUAGGGACCAGCGUUUCACACAUCAUCAUCAUCAGCGUCUACGUCCCGGUUACCAGCCCAGAGACACCAGAUCUGGCUGUACAGCUGGUGGCCAACGCUGUGCUGUUUGUGUGCGUGAACUGCGUGGGGAUUUUUCACCUGUGGAUGACCGAGCAUGAUCUCAGGAUAUCCAAUCAGAAGAGAGAAGAGUUCAGCGCCAUACGCUCGCAGAAGGAGAUAAAGAAGUAUCAGCAGGAGCAGCUCCUCCUGUCGGUGUUGCCACGGUACAUCGCCAUGGAGCUGAAAACGGAGGUGAUAAAGAGGCUGUCCAAGCCCACGGGUGAUGAGGAGAAUGGAUCAAAGUUCCACAACUUCCACAGCCUUUAUAUACGGCAGCACAAAGACGUCAGCAUCCUGUACGCAGACAUCGUGGGCUUCACAAAGCUGGCCAGUACAUGCUCUCCAGAAGAACUGGUUGCGGUGCUCAAUAAGCUUUUUGGCAAAUUCGACGACCUCGCCAAGAAGAAUGGGUGUCUUCGCAUUAAGAUCCUGGGCGACUGCUACUAUUGUGUGUCAGGGCUGCCUGACCCCAUUCCCACCCACGCCAGCAACUGUGUUCAGAUGGGACUGGACAUGUGCACUAACAUCAGUAAACUGCGAGAGGCGACGGGGGUAGAGAUCAGCAUGCGGGUUGGCGUCCACACCGGCAACGUACUCUGUGGCGUGAUUGGUUUGCAGAAGUGGCAGUAUGAUGUGUGGUCACAUGACGUGACUUUAGCCAACCACAUGGAGUCAGGAGGUCUUCCUGGGCGAGUCCACAUCACAGAGGAGACGCUGCAGCAUUUGAAUGGAGCAUACCAAGUGGAGGACGGGGACGGGGGGAGUCGAGACCCUCUUCUGAAAGGGAGGAAAACUUACCUGGUGAUUGACCCCCACAAGCCAGACAGUAUUUCCAGGAGGCCAAAACUGUCUCACAGUCUUGCAUCAGGAGAGAACAGGCAGCGAGCGUCGGUCCGGAUGUCUCAGUAUCUUAAGUCCUGGCAUUCCAUCCACCCCUUCGCAGACCUGAGCAACCCUGAUGCAACGUCGUCCAAGAAACCCAUCAUCCCCUGCAACGCUGUCAUGAGCCAGCUGUCUGCCGAAAGGCCUCCUCUUCAGAGCAACCCCAACUGUUUGGUCGUUGAUAAUGGUGUUAGAGGAUCACUGGACACUUUGGACACUGCAGGGAGGAGAGCAAAGAAGCUCAACUGUCUGACUCUGCUGUUUAAUGACGUCAGCUUAGAGACACAGUUCCGCUUUUCAGAAGUGAAGGGUUUGCACCACUCAAUGAGCUGCAUCGCUUUGGUCUUGGUAACUCUUUUUGUCGUGCAGAUGCUUGUCUCUGAAAGGAACUUUGUGAUGGCAGUUUCCUAUGGUGUGACCUUCCCAGUGUUUGUGCUGCUUCUGUCCAUCGCUUUCACUGGAUACUUGGAGAAAUGGCGCUCCAAGAUGCCGCUGAGCGUCCAGUGGAUAUCUGGGCUGUCACGAGACGUGUCCACCAGGGCAGCGCUACGAGUGUUUGUGGUCACUUUCUGCGUGCUCAUCGUCCUGCUCAUGGCCAUCCUUAACUUUGUCUUCCUUCCAGGAAACAACUGCACCUCGAUCGCCAACAGGACAGAGUUGGAAGCUCUGAAACUCUACACUGUGCCUUACUACCUGUACUGCUGCCUGCUGGCCAUGCUGGGAGUGAUCGUGUUUACCAGGACGUGUUUGUCCGUAAAGGCGCUGCUGCUCACCCUGGCUGUGGUCGUCUACCUCGCCCUCUUCCUCCAUGUUUACGCUCCAAAGUCCCGCUGCCUGAUUGAACUGCUUUACAACAACACCAGCCCCGGUGUGCUGAAGGACCCUCAGAUCAUGUCUGGGGUUUGGCUGGUCAUCUUUUACAUCGUCUGCCUCAUUCUGGCCAGACAGGAUGAGCUGGGUUGCCGGGUAGAUUUCCUACUGGAACGCUGUUUCAAGUCGGAGAGAGAAGAGAUGGAAACCAUGGAGAACGUCAACAAGCUGCUCCUUCAGAACGUCCUGCCGCUUCACGUCGCCUGCGUCUUCUUGGGCAAAACUAUUCGCAACCAAGACCUGUACAGUCAGUCAUAUGACUGCGUGUGCGUGAUGUUCGCAUCGGUGCCUCAGUUCAAAGAAUUUUACAGCGAGAGCAGCGCCAACAGGGACGGCCUGGAGUGUUUGCGCUUCCUCAACGAAAUCAUCGCAGACUUUGAUGAGCUUCUCUCUAAACCCAAAUUCUGCUCCGUGGUGAAGAUUAAGACGAUCGGCAGCACGUACAUGGCUGCUGCAGGGCUGACAAACUCACCGCCAGGAGACGACAGAAAGAAAGUUGACCUGUCCUACAGCUACGUGCGCUCCAUGGUGGAGUUUGCCAUCGCUCUGAUGGGAAAGCUGGAGCUCAUCAACACACACUCGUUUAACAGCUUCAAACUCAGGAUCGGAAUAAACCACGGCCCGGUCAUUGCAGGAGUGAUUGGAGCCCAUAAACCUCAGUAUGACAUCUGGGGGAACUCUGUUAAUGUGGCCAGCAGGAUGGACAGCACAGGAGUGUUGGACAAGAUACAGGUGACCGAGGAGACGGCCCAGAUGGUCCAGACCGUCGGAUACAACGUCACUCUGAGGGGAAAAGUCAACGUGAAGGGCAAAGGGGAGCUCACCACCUACUUUGUUAACACGGACCAGUCGUCUCCUCAGUUCUGACCCGCUCUGGGUCUGGACAGCUUGUUUUAGUAAAGCGGGUUUUUGCAGCUAACUGACGCUGCGUGACUCAUUCUGGUUUCCACACAGAGGGAAGAACUGAAAACAGAAUCCCACUGUGUGUUCAACUGUGGAGACCAGUUAAUCAUUUAUGUCUACGGAGUGGAGAACCGCCUUUGUGGAUGAGACACUAAAAAACAAUCCAGACUGGUUGAAAGAAGACCUGAGAAUAUCACCACCACAUUGGUGUACUGUAUCUCUACAUUUAUACUGUAUUAUUCUGAAAACAUUCUCUCAAAUCUGCUUCUUUUUGUAAAUGCUUAGAGUUGUUUUAUUAGGAGAAAAUAAGGUACCAAAGAUUUCUGCCGUUUAAUGAAGGAUCAGAAAGAAAUGUGACUUUUUUUUUUUUUUUUUUUUUUUUUUUAGCAUUUACAGGAUUUUUGUUUUGGGUUAUUUAUGCUUCUUUCACUCCAAGUUGCAUUUAAGUUUCAUCUCAUAUUCACGUUGGAUUAUAGCGGUACAAAACGUUCAGCAUCGAAGGAGUGCAGGUGUUUCUAACGAUGAUUCUGUCCACAUAUAGUCUGUGAAACUCGCCUGUUUGUGCAUCAGAUGCUUUGUUUCGCCUCCUAAGGGUGACAGGAUAAACCUACAGAGACACAAGAUGAGUCAUGGGACAGGAAAUAAUCUGCAUCUGUGUGUAAAGUUUAUUUAUAUUUGAGUUUUUUCCUGAUACAGUUUAACUGUUCUGCUACAAAUGACUAAACCCGGAAAGAGAAAUCCAGUCCAAUCAGCUGUGUGCACCCAAGCUGAUUUACACAAACCAUGCAGAUACACAUACACAGAUAAAGUGCUAUAAAAUGAUUUCUGACAUUAUUUAUGCAAGUGAAUACAAGUGAAACGAUGCCACGAAAACUUAGAUGCACACUUGACGUUGCACUUUCUAAUUUAUUGUACAUUUUUGAAGGGAGUAUUUCUCAUUUUCUGUUGUGUAUUUCUGUGAGGGACGAUGAGAGUAUAUAUGUGUGUUCAUUAUAGGGAAAUAUUUUUCUAUUGUAUUUAUAAAUGAAUAAAAAAAAUGCAGCCA